CGGGUAUUUGUUGUCUGUGCUACUUGUUUCAAACCGGAAGCAGACGUAAAGCGGACCGAAAAGAUGGUGUCCUGCCUGUUCAGGUGUUAUUCUCGGCUGCCCUCAGCCUUCACACUUACUCGGUUCGUUUUAAACAAGAAUCUGGUUCGCAAUCACCGGUGUUGUCUAGACCGGGAGGGCAACCACACGGCCGGGCGGUUCUAUAGCUCGGGGCGGGAUCGGGAACAACCGAAACAGAAGGUGGUGGUGGUCGGGAUCCCCAACCCGUUCAUCUGGUUUCGGACCCGGAUCUACUACUUUCUGAUCAGGACUUACUUUGACAAGGAGUUCAGCAUCGAGGAGUUCACUGAGGGCGCCAAGCAGGCCUUUUCCCAUGUUUCCAGACUUCUGUCUCAGUGUCAGUUCGAUGCUCUGGAGGGGCUCGUUGCUAAAGAUCUGAUUGGAAAACUGGAGGAAAAGUGCACCUCGUUGCCGUCCAACUAUAAGAAAGCCCUGUCUGCCGAUCCAGAUGAGAUCAUGUACACGACGCCGGGGGACGUUGGAAUCUUCUAUGAUGAUAACGGGAGGAAGUUUGUCAGCAUCCUGAUGCGUUUCUGGUACCUGACGAACGCUCGGCUUCCUGACGACAGCAUGGAGGGAACCCGGAUCUUCAAGGUGGCCCUUGAAGACGGAGAAGGAGAAACGGAGACCAAGAGGCUGCUCACUGCAAUAUACGAAUUCCAGAGGGAGUUCACCAAAGGAGUUCCUCCAGACUGGACCAUUACCCGUAUAGAGCACUCGAAGCUUCUGGAUUAAGGUUUGGAUUUAGAGCAGCUCUGAGGUUGAGUCCGUUUCAGUUAGAACAGAACUGAGUGAAACCAGCCUCAGAUCCUUCUCAGAGGAGGAGACGGGACACAGCUCCUCAUUGGGAGUUCAGAGGGCGGCACCACAGCGAAGACGGAUUUUCUCACGGCUGAUAUGAUGCCAGAACCAACUGCACCAGAACUGGGUUUGAUUUCUGGUCUGUCUCCAGUGACAGCGAAGCUUAGAGUCAACACUCCCGAGGUUUGGGGACUCCUCUGGAAUCAGACUGUAGAGGUGAAAUAUUCACCUUCCUGACUGUAUUUUAACUGAGUAUAAAACAAGCUGAAGGUGGAUCACUUGUUAGGAAAGAAAAUCAACUCUGGAUUCUGACCCAGUUCUGUUGAUUUGACAGAUCUCUUGAAUGUUUGACUCUGUUCUCAUAGAAUCUUUCAUUUCCUACAGAAAAGUGUCUCAUUAUUCAUUGUUUUCACAAAUAAAAAAUAUUCCACAUUUUA